UCCAUUUGAUGUUCAUUUUGUUUUCUAUUAUUUUUCUCAUUUUAAAGCACCUUGUUCUCUUUGGGUGGUUCUCUUGCAUACACAACCGCUUCAUUUGGAGAAAAAAGAAAUGGCAGCAAAGAAUGCUCCUUUUGGAACUGAUUCAACCCCAGAAGUAGUUGUGAAGAUUAUCGGCAGCAAGCAUGUCAAGUAUUUUGUUGACAUGCCAAAGAAGGCUAAACCCGUCAACAGCAACUCUCAGCAGCUGGUGUCUGAAUUCCUACAGUACAGUGAAAGCGAAGUGACAAAGGUACCUCCAGAUAAGCCUGUCCCAGCAGUUCACCUGCUCACAGAACAUUUGGAGGCCCAGGAACUAAUUCCCCAGCAAACAAAGAAAAAGCAGAAAGCAGGUAUGCAGAGGAGCACUGGCCAGACUGCAGAGGAGGGUCACUCACAUGAACUCCAGUCUGCUAUGGGAAUGCUCAGGGACCCAGGCCCGCUCUCCACCAUUGUGAGAAAAGAAUUGCAGAGCUGGACAUCAGUUGGCUUGGAGAGUGUAGAGGAGGAACUUAAACAGCUAGAUCCAACAUACUCUGGAAUUGUCCACCAAUCUCAGCUCCUUCUGGCCUUCUUACGGCAAGAAGCUCCGCUCCUGUUGUCAACUAUGAGACUUCUCCUCAAGACCUUUGCUGACCCAACCAAUCCAGAGCAGGUGCACUAUAGGCAGCUACUAGAUCUGAUUGCUGGAGCUGUGAAGACCGAAGGACAGAAAGUAAAUAUAGAGACACAUUGUUCAAGAACUAGUGAUGACCAAGUACUGUCAGCAGCUGUAACUCCAACUGAAAUAACUGACAUUGCAAGAACAAUCAUAAAAAAUGGGGAAGGCACACAAUCAGUUUAUCAACAAGUAACAAAGGAUUAUCAGACCAAUGAUGAACAAGUAUAUGCAAAGAGCAAGAAUGUAAGGCCACAGAUCCAGAGGUUUUCCAAGUCUACAGGCAGUGAGAGGCAGGGAGAGAUGCAGCUCCCCACAUAUGGAGAAACCUGGCUGCAAAGGUUCCAACGAAUGGAAAAAGGCUUGCACAUGUGCGACUACAAAAACACAGGCUACCUUGAGAAGGAUGAAGCAAAACGUCUAAUCCACAAUUACAAUCUCAUUUUCAACUUGAAUUUGAGUCCCUUGAAAAUUAGUGAGGGACUUCAUACUUUUCAAUCUGAAGGGGUAGUCAACUUGGAUUCAUUGCUGCAUUAUCUUAAAGAAUUGUGACACUUGUUGUGAAAAUACAUAGAACCACAUUGUAUAUGAUGAGUGGAUUUUAUUUCUUUUUAAAAAACUACAAGUUGUUGUACUUAGACUGGAGCUGAUUAUGUUUCUUAAAAUAUUAUGAAUCUCAUUUCUGAAAUCUGUUUUUAAUCUAUGUGCAAAGUAAACUGACACCAGGGUUACUCUUUUCAAGAAACGCCCUGGAAUUUUUAACAACCACAGAAAGUUAGGACCUCAGUUUUACAUCUCAUCUGAAGAAUGGAGACUUUUAUAGUAUAGUAUAGUCACUAUAUCGGGGCAUCAGGGCCCACACAGACUGCAGAGACUGCAGGCUGAGCACCCCCUACUAGCCCCACUAACACCUCUUCCAGCAGCAACCUUAGUUUU